AUGUCUAUACAAGAUCUAGCAGUGAGCGAUGAGCCCAUAGAGCUCACCAAUCGAAAUUCACCAAACUUAUCAACUAGGCCCAUCGGACUAGAAAACACCGCAUUGAUACCCCAGUACCCGCGGGGCAUACGUCUAGUCCUGAUAACCAUCGGACUCGUUCUAUCCGUCUUUCUCGCAGCCCUGGACUCUACAAUCAUCGCUACCGCGAUACCCAGCAUAACCUCGCAGCUUGGCAGCAUCAGCAAUAUAGCGUGGUACGGAUCUUCUUACUCCAUCACCAACACCGCCUUUCAAUCUGUAUGGGGCAAAGCGUACCAGUAUUUCAACCUCAAGGUCACAUUUCUCUGCGCUAUCGCAGUAUUUGAGAUUGGAAAUGUGAUAUGUGCGACUGCGCCGUCGAGCGAGGUGCUCAUUUUUGGGAGGAUUGUGGCUGGCGGAGGUGGUGGGGGUAUCAUGACAGGGGCUUUCAUCAUCAUUGCGAUGACAGCUGGCCCAGAGUAUAGGGCGGCGUAUAUGGGAAUCGGGGGUUUGACGUUUGGAUGCGCCAGCGUGGUUGGUCCGUUGCUGGGCGGCGCGUUGACAGAUGGGCCCGGGUGGACGUGGUGUUUCUGGAUUAACCUACCAAUCGGUUUUGGAGCAGCACUCAUGAUGAUGAUGUGUUUCAAGAACCCCGGAAAACCGAAGGAGGCCCCCCUUCACGAAAAGCUUUUCAACCUCGAUCUCAACGGCGCUGUCAUCCUAUCUGGAUGCUUCACAUGUUUCAUCAUGGCAAUGCACUGGGCCGGGACCAUGUCAUGGACCAGCGCGCGUGUCAUUGGAAGUUUCUUCGGCUUUGCAGGUCUGAUGGUCUGCUUUGUUGGUAACGAAUACGCAAUGGGCAGCAAAGCUAUGGUACAGGCACAUCUCUUCAAGAACAAGCUCGUCUUCGCCAACCUCUUGUACUCCUUUUUUCUGGCAGGCGCUUUCUUUCCAUUGAUGUACACGUUACCCAUCGAGUUUCAGUCUGUAAACAACAAUACGGCUUCGCAAAGUGGUGUCCGGUUGAUUCCGCUUGUCCUGGGCGUUUCGACAUUUACACUCGUAUCGAACGGGCUACUUACUUUCUGGCGACACUACAAACCCUUUUUACUCAUCGGCGCCCUUUUCGCCGUAGCCGGGAAUGCCAAGAUAUAUACAUUGGACGCCAGCACUCCUACCAGGGAUUGGGUUGGAUACGAAUUCCUAACAGCGAUUGGCGUCGGUCUUUCCCUACAAAUUCCCAUGAUAGCAAACCAAGCGCUGGUAUCAGCCGAAGACUUGAGCGCAGCCACUUCAAUGUCGCUCUUUAUGGAGAAUUGCGGCACGGUGUUAUUUGUUGCAUCGAGCGAAGCGGCGUUCACAAGCGGGUUGAUGAGAAGCAUUACUCAGAGCCUGUCACAAGCCGACGUGGACAUGGUUCUGGAUGCUGGUGCGACGAAAAUUCGCAACUCUUUCACGGGUAUUGAGCUGGAAGAUGUGCUUGGGGGUUAUUUGGAAGGGUGUAAGACAAGCCACCUUGUCACUGUUGCUUGCGGUGUAAUGGCUGGGGCAAUUAGCUUAGCGAAUGCAGGACCGGCAGCUGUGAAGGAGGUCAGAAGGCGGAUGAAGAAGAGCCAUGAGCGAUAG